UACAGCCGUUCAUUAUCUGCUUUAGAAUUAAAAUUUAUAAAUAAACAAAUGCUCGAAGAACACGAUCAAUAGUUAAAAGCAAAAGGGUGUAAUCUGCGCUUCACCUUUUCAACACAACACAAGACGUAACGGUACUCUUGCAUGUGUGUGUAUGUGAAUGCGUGUGCUUGUGUCGGUGUGCUGGCAAACCGAUAAAUUGGACGCGCAGCAAAACAAAGAGUCAGUCACUGACUGAAAGCCCGCAACAAUAGUUUAUAUACAUAUACAAUCGCCAACGGAUUGCGUUUCAACUCGCGAGAGUGGAAAAACUUGUUUUUGCAAUUGUUAUUUUGUUUAUUCUGCGUGCGUGCGUCGUUGGCAGCCACAAAUUAUGUUUGCGACGCUUGCAUUGCUCAUGGUGCUGGCCUUUGGCUUUGCGCCAAUGCCUGGAACAGCCAACGGCUCUGAUGACUUGAUUUACGGAUAUGAAUGCCAGAGCGGCAUGUGUCGCAAAGUAGAGCUAAGCGAGCAGAACUUUGCCAAGGCAAUAAGUCUUCCUGUUUGCCGCUUGCUAUGUGGCAGCAGCAUAGGCACACUUUGGCCCAAGCCCACGGGACCUGUGCGGCUGGAGCCGUUCAUGCGUCAUGUUGAUUUGAAGUCUAUAGACAUUGAAGUGCCAGGCACGGACAAAAAGAACAGUGUUUGGCAGGCGGCUGAGCAGCGUUGGAUGGACCAGCUGCAUGGCAAAAUACCAAACAUCAAGAACUACAAAUCUGGCGGCUUCCCACUGCACAUAAGCAUCAGUACCGUAGACGAUGGAGUGCCUGGUAGAUUAACGUUAGAUACGGAUGAAAGCUAUACGCUCAAUAUUGGGCUUGAGAAUGAUCGCGUGCUAGCCACAGUAUCCGCUGGCAAUUUCUUUGGUGCACGUCAUGCUCUGGAAACGCUUAACCAGCUGAUUGUCUACGACGACAUACGUCGUGAGUUACAAGUGACGGCAAAUGCCUCAAUAACUGAUGCACCCGUCUACAAAUGGCGUGGCCUGCUGCUCGAUACAUCUCGUAACUUUUACUCGGUGAAAUCUAUCAAGCGUACAUUAGAUGGCAUGGCCAUGGUGAAGCUAAACACCUUCCAUUGGCAUAUUACCGACUCGCAUAGCUUUCCCUUUGAAGUAAGCAAGCGUCCUGAGCUGCAUAAACUGGGCGCUUACUCGCCUAGCAAGGUUUAUACACAACUCGAUGUAGCGGAGAUAGUGGAGUAUGGACGCGUACGCGGCAUUCGUGUUAUGCCCGAGUUUGAUAGUCCAGCGCAUGUGGGCGAGGGCUGGCAGCACAAGAAUAUGACAGCUUGCUUUAAUGCUCAACCUUGGAAUGCAUAUUGCGUGGAGCCGCCUUGCGGUCAGCUUGACCCCACCGUGAAUGAUAUGUACAAUGUGCUGGAGGAUAUCUUCACUGAUAUGUUUAAGCUGUUCCAUCCAGAUGUUUUUCACAUGGGCGGUGAUGAAGUGUCGGUGGCUUGCUGGAACAGCAGCGCGCCCAUACGUAACUGGAUGUUGCAGCAAGGAUGGAGCCUAAAUGAAGCAGACUUUAUGCGCCUCUGGGGUUAUUACCAGGAAAAGGCUCUUAAGUGCGUCGAUGUAGCUGCGGGAGGCGCACAAACACCUAUUGUGCUUUGGACUAGCACACUUACUGGCGAGCCCUACAUUGAUCAGUAUCUGAAUCCUCAGCGUUAUAUUAUACAAAUCUGGACAAAGGGCAUGGAUAAGGUAGUGAAGAAAAUACUAAAGCGCGGCUAUCGCAUCAUCGUGUCCAACUAUGAUGCACUUUACUUUGACUGCGGUGGUCCCGGUUGGGUAAGCGACGGCAACAACUGGUGCUCCCCCUACAUUGGCUGGCAGAAGGUCUAUGACAAUGCUUUAGAAAAAAUCGCAGGCGACUAUAUGCACCACGUUUUGGGCGCCGAAGCUGCCAUUUGGUCGGAACAAAUUGAUGAGUACACUCUGGACAGUCGUUUCUGGCCUCGGGCCAGUGCCUUAGCUCAACGCCUAUGGUCGAAUCCCAGCGAAAGCUGGCGGCAGGCUGAAGCACGUUUACUGCUGCAUCGUGAGCGUCUUGUGGAGAAUGGCUUGGGCGCCGAGUCUAUGCAGCCACAGUGGUGUCUACAAAACGAGAACGAAUGCCCAGUUGAUGCGUAUGCGCACUAAUCUUAACUGUAUAGCUAUUAAGAUGAUUUAUAAUUGUAGAUAUGCCCUGCGUGUUGAAAGGGUCUGGGUUACCAGUCAAUUA